AUGUUAGACUCCUUGGUCCGUGUUUCAAGACGGGUCGUUUGCGACCAUUAUGCCAGCGUCCGAGCCGAAGCGCGUUCCUCGGUCCGGGCUGGCCGCAUUGCACCCCUGGCUAUAAGGUGCCCCGGAGGGCACUACAUUCCAGGGGCCUUUGACCGGCCGCCCAAACCGACGCUGGCCCGCCCACGGGGAAGUACACCGGCACGAAUGCCGGCUGAACCCCGCGGGCGAGUCUGGUCGCAAGCGCUUCCCUUUCAACAAUUUCACGUGCUGUUUAACUCUCUUUUCAAAGUGCUUUUCAUCUUUCGAUCACUCUACUUGUGCGCUAUCGGUCUCCGGCCAGUAUUUAGCUUUAGAUGA